AUGAAGAUCCUCCUCAUCUUCACCCUCUGCCUGAUCUCAGGUAAAGAAACGCACUUCAAAAUAAUCCUUACUAUCAGCAGCAGUGUUACAGGAAGGAAGGUUUUGCUCAGAUGGAUGUUUGGUGUUUUGUUAGAUGGAGGAGCCUCCAAGGAAGUAACAGGAUAUUCAGGAGGAGGAGUCCUUAUCAAGUGCGAGUACAAUGCAGAAUAUAUCAAAAACCUAAAAUAUUUCUGUAAGGGUUUGCCAAUAGGCUGUAAUUUCCAAAUAAAGACAGGAGAUAAAAACGAGUGGGUAAACUCAGGAAGAUUCUCACUGUUUGAUGACGCCAAAUCAGCAGAGUUCUGGGUGAUGAUCAGAGAGCUCACUGUACAGGACACUGGGACGUACCAGUGCGGAGUUGAUCAACUGGGAAUAGAUGUUUACACACCUGUGGAACUGAAGGUAAAGGAAGGUGCCAUGAGCACUAGAGAAGUGAGUGCAUAUGCAGGGACAAGAAGCAACAUCAAGUGCAGAUAUGAGGAUGAAUACAAAUCCGAAAAAAAAUCUUUCUCGAAGAUGGAGACAGAUCAGUGGGGUUUUAAACACAUAAGUACACAUCCCAACAGUGAAUGGGCACAUGAUGGCAGAUUCUCAGUUCAUGACAACAGAAGUGCAGGAUUCUUCAGUGUGUUUAUCAGAGAGCUGAUUACGGAGGACACUGGAACAUAUUCGUGUGCUGUUGUUUUGCCGGAUGAAACUGAGAUCUACACUGUAGUGAAGCUGAAUGUAGCAGAAGAUAUUUCUUUUGAGAAGUCCAUCAGCGAGACUGUCCAUGUCGGAGAAGAUUUGACUGUCAGCUGUAAAUACCCAGAAUCCCUCAGGAAUGCCUCAAAGUUUUUCUGUAAGAGGCCUAAAUUGGCUGCGUGUUUAUAUGACGCAGUUGUUCCAGAAAGUAGAAAAUCUGUGAAUAAUGGGAAAUCCACCCUGUAUGAUGACUGGGAAAAACAAAUCUUCACUGUGAGCAUGAAAGAUGUGACUGAGCAGGACUCUGGUGAAUACUGGUGUGGAGCUGAAGUCGCCUGGACAACUGAUCAUGGAUACAAGGUUUAUUUCACACAGAUCAACCUGACAGCUACUGGAUUUUCCAUAGUUCCCAUUGUCAUCACUGUGUGUUCAAGUCUGCUGGUACUUCUGAUUGGAAUCUCAUUCCUUAUUGUGGCUCUCCGAAACAGAUGCAAGUACACACACCUACGCAUACACACAUGCAUAUAAACAAGCAUACUGAGACCAUCAACAAAGUCACGAUGUCAC